AAGGAACUUUUAUGAAUUAAAAAACUCAAGGCAACUCUGAUUUAACCAAAAACUGGUAACUGUCCGUUCUUUCAGCCUUGUGUUUCUCCAGCUUCGUCCAAAAUUAGAUAUUUACUGUUUAUGCUAAUGUCAUGCUCAAGAAACUCCUCCUUUAAAUAUGAAGCAUCUAAUUGUUUGAUGGGAUAAGCUAACUCGUGAAUCAGUUCAAUAAUUGCCAAAAAGAGGGUUCCAUAAUAAUUUGGCUUUGGCUGGAGUUGGCUUCAGGGACUUGGUGUAGAGAAUUGUUAAUAAACCUGAGGCCACUCUCAGCCUUUUGCAGGUCAAAAGGUUGGAACAAAAGAAAAAAUAGCUAUGGGAAAAAUAAACAGAAAUAGUCCCUUAUUUUCUUUCUUUUUCUUGAUCUUUUGGGUAGCCAUUCCUACCCUCCAUGCAAAUGUGUUAGAGAAUGAAACUUACUGGAAAGGGCAUGCCGGUGAAUUUGAUCAGUAUUGGCAUGAAAGAGCCAAUGAAGCUGAAAAGGCCAACAAGGAAGAAUUUCAAUCUAACCCCUAUGAUGUCGUAGGCAACCUCACCGCUAGUGUUGAUAGGUAAGGUUUAUGAUAUCGGUAACGUAGUCAAACCAAACCAAUCAUCAUGAUUUGAAUAAAACUCAUAAUGAAAAUGUUUAUUCACACAUCUUUGUGAUCAAUUAGAAGUCAUACCAGAGCAAAAUGAACUUAAAGGGAACUUUUGAAUAAUAAGCUGACUCCCGAUGUUGUUCACAAACAGAAUGCUGCUUGACAAAGGGGAUGAAGGAAGGAACUUGAGACAACGUCUUGGCGGUCCGUGCCUGGCCACCAAUCCAAUUGAUAGGUGCUGGAGAUGCGAUCCCAACUGGGAAAAAAACCGCCAGAAAUUGGCUGAUUGUGCAUUAGGAUUCGGGAAAGGCACAACUGGUGGAAAGGGUGGUCGAUACUAUGUGGUAACAGAUCCCUCGGAUAAUGAUGUGCUUAACCCCAAAGAAGGUACCCUUAGGCAUGCAGUUACAAGGAACGGUCCUUUGUGGAUUAUCUUUCAACGCAGCAUGGUGAUUAGGCUGCAGCAGGAGCUAAUUAUGACUGGGGAUAAGACCAUUGAUGGCAGAGGGGCUAGUGUUAUAAUCACCGGAGGGGCCGGCAUUACCAUCCAGUUUGUCAAGAACGUGAUCAUUCAUAACAUUAAGAUCUUCAACAUAGUGUCUACCAGUGGUGGAUUGAUUAGAGAUAGUGAAGCCCAUUUUGGUCUAAGGACAAGGAGCGAUGGUGACGGGAUUUCAAUCUUUGGGUCCAGCAAAAUCUGGAUUGAUCAUGUUUCCAUGAGCAAUUGCCAAGAUGGACUUGUCGAUGCCAUCAUGGGAUCCACAGCCAUUACCAUCUCCAACAGCCAUUUCACAAAGCACAAUGAGGUGAUGUUGUUUGGCGCCAGUGACAGCUAUGCAGGAGACCAGAUUAUGCAAAUCACUGUAGCAUUCAAUCACUUUGGACAGGGAUUAAUCCAGAGGAUGCCAAGGUGCAGGUGGGGUUUCGUUCAUGUGGUUAACAAUGACUAUACUCAUUGGGAAAUGUACGCCAUUGGCGGCAGCCAGCAUCCUACCAUAAUCAGUGAGGGUAACAGAUUCAUAGCCCCGAAUAACCUGUUUGCCAAAGAGGUUUGUAAGAGAGAUUACUCACCACCGGACGUGUGGAAGAACUGGCAAUGGAGAUCAGUCAACGACCUACUCAUGAACGGAGCUACGUUCACGGAAUCUGGGACUCAGCUUCCAGUGGCAACGAGUGACAUGCUCAAGGGAAAGCCUGGAUCAUACGUUUCAAGACUCACGCGCUUCUCCGGAAUCAUCAGGUGCCAUGUGGGUAAGCCCUGCUAAUUAGCCUCCGCCAUAUUUGGGUGCCUAAACUGAGUAGCCUUGGCAAAUGAGAUCAUGACGAAGACGAAGAAGA